GAGACGCACACUACAGAAACCACGAUAAAAUGGCGGGACUCCCGCCCAUAACUACACCCGCUAAACCUCCUAACAAGAAAGCACGAGCUUCAAAACUAAUAAUUUAGCACCAAUAUUGAUGUCACGGCUGUGGUUGCGACUGUGGAAUGGCAAUACAACUUGUGGGUAGUUUCCUUCAGAACAAAGAACACGUACACGACAAAGAAAUCGCUUCCCAGCUGCCAUUACGGAACUAUAACUUGCGCAGUAUAGAGGGAGGAGAGGCAUCAAGAAAAUCACCGCCAGUAGGGGGCGAAAACGCUUUUUGCAUCCGGGGGCAGGGGCGUCCUAGGAGCUGUGGGAAAGAGGUCGUUGGGGGAAAAGGAGAACGAGAGGAGGAGGAUGGAGAAGCAUGACACAGCUCUACGCUCCUCGCGACAAAAUGGCGGCGGGUCUAUCCAGGCGGGGGCGGCGUCCUGUAUUACCGACUUCGGUGCUACUUCCCUGCCAGGAAAUUUACGGGUUUAUACUCUUCUUCGCGAACGAACCAUAUUCUAUCCAGCGGAAUGCAUUUUUUAACAGAAAAUGUAAAACCAAGGUUAAUGCGCGGAGGGGCGCGAAAGACCACAGGCGUGGCGAUUAUGCGCGUUUAACGUGUUUGUUGCUAAUGGAAGACUAUUCUGAAGUAGAGCGGUUUCCUGGACACAAGAUUUAUCUCUCACACGAGCGCGUGUUAAGUUAGCAACCGUCUACCACCUUUGGAUCUGAAUCAUGGCAUGAUGGGACAGUCUGUAGAAGGCACACCAGGGAAAAGAAUCCGUAAGCCAUCCCUCCUUUAUGAGGAUUUUGAAGGCCCCAACAUGACAUCAAGUGUGUUUCAUCAGCUGCCUCAGACAAACCCACCAGCUCCUGAGUUUAUCAAUCCUAAGAAGCCAGGACGCUCUACUAACCAACUGCAGUACCUACACAAAGCAGUUGUGAAGUCACUGUGGAAGCAUCAGUUUUCUUGGCCUUUCAGACAGCCUGUGGAUGCAGUUAAACUGGGUUUACCGGACUAUCAUAAGAUUAUCAAGCAGCCAAUGGACAUGGGAACUGUAAAGAAAAGGCUAGAAAACAACUAUUACUGGAGUGCGUUAGAGUGUAUGCAGGACUUCAACACCAUGUUUACCAACUGUUACAUCUACAACAAACCAACUGAUGAUAUUGUGCUGAUGGCCCAAAGUCUGGAGAAGAUGUUUCUGCAGAAAGUUGCUCAAAUGCCCCAGGAGGAGCAAGAAAUUCCUAAUACUGCUUCCAAAAUCAAGAGUGUAAAGAACAGUAAGACUUCUGGGCUUACCGGUGGAGUCACCACAGCACACCAAGUACCAGCUGUCUCAUCUCAAUCGUCUCUGUAUCCAAGCUCUCCUGAAUUGCCUACUACAAUGCUCAGUCUGGCACAUCCUUCUAUUAUUUCUAAUCCUGUUCUUAAAUCCUUGCCGUCUUCACAGACGGUGUCGUCUGUAUUGCCAGGGGCUACACAACCUGUUGCAAAGAAAAAGGGGGUAAAGCGAAAGGCUGACACCACUACGCCAACCACCACAGAUAUCAUUGCAACUGGCGGAGACUUCUCACCCAUACAAGCUUCUGAGACAAAGCCUGGUAAAAUACUUGCCCGGAGGGAGAGUGGUCGCCCGAUAAAGCCACCAAAAAAAGAUCUCCCAGACUCGCAGCAGCAUCAAACAUCAAAGAAGGGCAAAUUGUCUGAGCAACUUAAGUACUGUAAUGGAAUCCUGAAAGAGCUUCUCUCAAAGAAGCAUGCUGCUUAUGCGUGGCCUUUUUACAAGCCUGUAGAUGUAUCUGCGCUGGGAUUGCAUGACUAUUAUGAUAUUAUAAAGCAUCCAAUGGACAUGAGCACCAUCAAGAAGAAAAUGGACAGCAGAGAAUUCAAGGAUGCUCAAGAGUUUGCAGCUGCUAUUCGCCUUAUGUUUUCAAAUUGUUACAAAUACAAUCCUCCAGAUCAUGAUGUUGUGGCUAUGGCACGGAAGUUGCAAGAUGUGUUUGAGUUCAGUUAUGCCAAGAUGCCAGAUGAACCCCUUGUUGUAAAUCCACCAUCUACGUCCUCUCAGCUGCCACCUUCUGAUUCAAAAUCGUCUUCAGAGUCCUCCAGUGAAAGCAGCAGUGAGAGUUCAGAUGACAGCGAGAGCUCCGAUGACUCUGAGGAAGAGAGAGCUAACAGACUGGCAGAGCUUCAGGAGCAGCUCCGUGCAGUACAUGAGCAGCUGGCAGCACUUUCUCAAGGCCCCAUUUCCAAACCAAAGAAGAAACGAGAAAAAAAAGAGAAAAAGAAAAAGAAGUCGGAUAAAAAAAAGAGGAAAGAGGAUGAUGAAUGGCGAUCUAGCAAAUCCAAACCAUCCCAAGCCAAAAAAUCUUCCAAGAAAUCUGGGGGAGGAAUUGCUACCAGCAGUACAAUCAGUCCUGCAGUAUCUAAGAGCAACAAGAAAACGCUUAAGUCUUUACCUCCUCCCCCCUCUGUUUUGUAUGAUUCGGAAGAAGAGGAGGAAAGCAAACCAAUGACUUAUGAUGAGAAGCGGCAGUUGAGCCUGGACAUUAACAAACUGCCAGGGGAGAAGCUUGGCCGUGUGGUUCAUAUCAUUCAGUGUCGUGAGCCCUCUUUGCGAGACUCUAAUCCUGAAGAGAUUGAAAUAGACUUUGAGACCCUUAAACCUUCUACUCUGCGAGAACUGGAGAGAUACGUGAUGUCUUGCCUGAGGAAAAAACCUCGUAAGCCUUAUACUCCCCCUAACUCUGUGCUCUCUCCAGCACUUAAGCCAGUGGGGAAAACAAAAGAGGAGAUUGCUCUGGAGAAGAAGAGGGAGCUGGAAAAGAGAUUGCAGGAUGUGAGUGGGCAACUGAACUCUGCAAAGAAACCUCCCAAGAAACCCCAUGACAAGGCAGAGUCGGCCCAUCAAGUGUCAGUGACCCGCCUCAGUGCUUCCAGUUCCAGUUCAGAUUCUGACAGCAGUAGCAGCUCCACCUCUAGCUCAUCUGACACUAGUGACUCUGAUUCUGGUUGAAAGAAAUUGUCUCCUCCUUUGGGAGUAAGGGUUUGCUGAUUUACAGUCAGAAGUGGUUCUGAUUUGGAUCUGCAGGAACGGAGCCCACCUGAACCAUACUGCUUUCUUUGGGGUGCUAGGGAGUCUGAGGCCUUAGACAAUAGGAGGAGGUAAUGAUUCCUUACUAUGAAUCAUACAUUGGAGAAUGUGGUUUAGUGCAGUAGGCAUAUCCAGGAGGGGAAAGAUCAUAGGGGGUACUUUUUUUUUUUUGUUUUUUUUGUUUUUGUUUUUUACUUCCACCCUACUUUAACUUCUUAUGGAAUUCAUAGGUGCUGGCGUGGAUACAUUUCUCUUAGCAUUAACGCUUUGUAUCCACAAUGGCUUUUCUGGUAUAGCUCGAGGCUCUGUGUUAUCUAAUAACUGUUUUGUUUCUUCCCCCCUUACCUGUUCAUUUACCAACCAACAAAAGCUAUGAUCUGGGUGUGUGCUAUUACAUCUUUUAUUAUUUACGGAGAUUGUUCAAGUCCGAGAUGAAGGCUGUGUUUAGUUUCCCGAGGAGUGAUUUGUAACUAAGGUACUCUGAAGAACCUCUUUUUGGCAAAGUAUUACUGUCUCUUCUUCAGCCCUCUCCUGCAUGUAGCGUUUAUUGUAAAUAGGGCACUUCCUUUAUGGACAUGCCUUUCUUAAAGCAGUCCCAGCUGCAACUUCAAAUGACCCUUUGUUUAGAGCCCCUCCCAUAAUUUUUUUAUGUAUUUAUUUUAGACAUCAGAGGGAAAGCUUUUCCUUUUUGUUUUAUAUUGUAAAAUAAUUGCAAAUGGAUCCCUGUUGAUGCAGGGGCCAGUGUAGAUGUAAGAUUUUAUAAAGAUGUAUGUAAAUAUAUAAUAAGUUGCACAGGCAUGUUUCUUGAUGUAAAGGGUGACUUUUUUUUUUUCUUUUUUUUUCUUUCUUUUUUUACAUUAUGGGAAAAAAGCUUUUCUUUCCUAAUUGUCUUCUAUAUAGCAUAAUCUUGCUUUGUCUUGUAUUUUUUUUCUUCUUGUAUUUGUUCAAACCCUUUAGUUUUGAGACAUGUAAAUAAAGAAAAAAAACCAGUCCAUGCUGUGUGUCAUUUAUAAUCUGUACGUAGAACCACAAAUUGUGUGUUGCAAUAAAAAUGCAGUAAAGCAAAAUGGUGACUAUUCAGAAGGGACCUAUAUGCAGCGGAGAAGAAAUAUUCUUUCUGAAUGAAUAAACAAUUGUGUUUCACAAUCAGGUGGAGUUUUUUUUGUUGAUUGUGAUGCAGUACGUAAUGUAGCAUCUGUAGUGUAUGUCAUACUAAAUCAAUCUUUGCAGUUAGCUGUGGAGUUGUCAACAUCUUUGUAUGGUGCUCAAUAUCGCUGCAUUAAAGAAACUUGACAGAAAA